CAUGUUGAAAUGCCUACUAGACUCUCAAAGAAGAAACAAAAGAGUGAUAACUCUGUGGAUUUCUCGAAAUAAAGAGUACUAACCAAACAAAUACUAAACUGUAAAGAUAAUUUCAGCAACGAUGAAACCCUGAAGACUUUGUGUGGAUACGGCUAAAGAAGAUAAUUGUCAGUCCCCAAAGCACUUUGCAAUUUGCCAGCUCAGAUUUUCCCUAAGAAGUAAAGACAACUAGAAGAAGACUGCAACUGGGAUCAAGAGAGGGAUGUCCAUAUUAAGGAGUAUUUUCUGAGUUGUUAUUAAGCAACAGCAAGAAAUUUGAAAACUUUCAAGGUCAAAGGAAUAAACAGUAAAUAGCAAUACGUGACCUUCAGAUUAUAUUCUGUCAUACUGACUCAUUUGAAUUUAUAAACGUAGCACUUGGACAUGAAAAGCUGAGAUUCUUGAACGCAAAACAUUAAUAUUAAAGCAGGUAUAUGAAUAUUUAAAAAUCUCUUGAAGGACAAAAUAAGAGUUUGUUUUGGUCACGUUUGAUUUAUUUAUUCAUAUGAAUGUUAAUUUCUCCGUUUUGGGAGAGUUGUCUUGUAAAUAAAGGAUUUCAUACACAAACCUCUUCUUUUCAAGAGGAACACACAUCAGAUUGUGUAGACAUUACACUGUAAAAAGGAAAGAGACAAGAAAAAGUUUUAUAUGCUUUCAACCUUUUUAGUUGCCAAAGUUUCUUUUUAUAUGCUGAUGCAUUAAGACAAACGGCAGAUUAAAGUAAAAAUUAAAGACAAAGAGAAAAAUACAAGGUACGUUGAAAUGGCAACAGCAAGAACAGCAAACCCAGCAGCCAUGAUUGGAUUGAACAAACCAGCAAAUGGGCAACUUGGAGGACAAACCAAGCCAGCUGUACAACAGUCAGGAGCCUUUACAACUGUUCAGCAACCCAACGCCAUCCAGAAAAAGACCAGCAUUCCUCAGAGCAGUGGGGGCAUCAAGUUUGGGGAUGACUGGAAGAAAUGCCUGGAGCUCCCACCAAAGGAUAACAGGCUGAAAACUUCGGAUGUAACUUCAACCAAGGGAAAUGAGUUUGAAGAUUACUGCCUAAAGCGAGAACUUCUGAUGGGGAUCUUUGAAAUGGGAUGGGAGAAACCCUCACCUAUUCAGGAGGAAAGCAUCCCAAUCGCUCUGUCGGGCAGAGAUAUUCUAGCUCGAGCCAAGAACGGCACAGGAAAGAGUGGAGCCUACCUCAUCCCUCUUCUGGAGAGGAUAGACUUAAAAAAGGAUCACAUUCAGGCCAUUGUAAUGGUGCCUACAAGAGAGUUAGCCCUACAGAUGAGCCAGAUCAGCAUUCAGCUCAGCAAGCACCUUGGAGGGGUUAAGGUUAUGGUUACCACAGGAGGCACAAACCUUAGGGAUGACAUCAUGCGUCUGGAUGAGACGGUGCAUGUAGUGAUUGCUACACCAGGCAGGAUAUUGGACCUGAUGAGGAAGGGUCUAGCAAAAGUGGAUAAAACCAGUAUGAUGGUGAUGGAUGAGGCAGACAAGCUGCUGUCCCAGGACUUUGUGGUCUUGAUUGAAGAUAUUAUCAGCUUUUUGCCAAAGAAUCGUCAGAUCCUGCUUUACUCUGCCACGUUCCCGAUCAGUGUGCAAACAUUCAUGUCCAAGCACUUACAGAAACCGUAUGAGAUCAACCUGAUGGAGGAACUGACGUUGAAGGGCAUCACUCAGUACUAUGCCUACGUGACAGAAAGACAGAAGGUUCACUGUCUCAACACGCUCUUCUCUAGGCUGCAGAUCAACCAGUCAAUCAUCUUCUGUAACUCCACCCAAAGGGUCGAGCUACUUGCAAAGAAAAUCACUCAACUGGGCUAUUCAUGCUUCUACAUUCAUGCAAAGAUGAUGCAGGAAUACAGAAACCGUGUGUUUCAUGACUUCAGGAAUGGAUUGUGCAGGAACCUGGUCUGCACAGACCUCUUCACUCGAGGAAUUGACAUCCAGGCAGUCAAUGUUGUCAUCAAUUUUGACUUCCCAAAAAGUGCAGAAACUUACCUGCACCGCAUUGGCAGAUCAGGACGUUUUGGUCAUCUGGGUCUGGCAAUCAAUCUAAUAACAUCAGAGGACCGUUACAACCUCAAGAAUAUUGAGGACCAGCUGGUCACUGAGAUCAAGCCCAUCCCCGGCAGCAUUGAUAAGAGCCUGUACGUGGCCGAGUUUCACUCCGUUGACCCAGAUUGCGAUAGCAGUGACAAACACAAGGAGUUGGGAGCAGCAUGAACGAACGGAGAAACACAGCGCCUGAUAAGAACGCAUCAUUGUCUGUGCAUCAAGCAAGAUUCCACAUGAAGAUUUCUGUUCUCCACUUCGUCACAAAUCUGGUUGAUAUCUAGAUUAAAUGCCUUUCAGUUUGAGUUCGCAGCAAUCUUUUUCAUUUUGGUAAAUCCGUAACCGCCACAUGAGGGAACUUUACAUGUGUUGCUACAGUCUGUCUGUUAUAGAACUGAGCCACUGGAGAAAAGAUUGAAAUGAUUGUCAUUUUUUUUCUGUAGGAAUAAAAAAAGUGAAACCAAA